ACUGAAACUGGUUUUUUUAUAUUCUGUUCACAUUUCUCAGCCAUUAGUCGCUUACCAUUCAUUCGAAUGUGCGGUCUUAGACUUGAGUGAAAACAAAAAAAGAAAUCAAUAAAAAUGGUUUCGAAUUUGUGUUAUUUAUUAGCACUAUUGGUCUAUGUUCACAUUCGAGCAACAAUUGAAGCUACACCAACAACUGAACCAAGAAAAGAUUUAAAAAUAGUUUGUCCUUACCAUCUUAAUACAUGGUACGCACCCGAGUCUAGGGACUAUUUACCAGAAGUGAUUGACGAGCGCCAAUGUACGCAUAUUGUCUACAGCGACAGAAUUCGAUACACAGAUCUGUCAGCGAAUCGUUCACUGCACGAUGGGAAGAAGCUUUUCUACGAUAGAGUGCCGGAAUUUCGAAAGAAAGGAAUCAAUGUUUCGAUCAGUUUUUUCAAAUUUAACGGAUACGAAUUCGCUAAGUCCCUUGGGGAUAGUUCGGAAAAUCGAACUGAUUUCGUUGACAAACUUGUUGGAUUCAUGGAACAAAACCAAUUCAACGGCUUUGACUUCUUUUGGAGCUGUCGAUCGUGUUCGAAAGAGCAUUAUCGUAAUGCAACUCAUGACGAAUAUUUCAUGGAUUUGAUGCGACAAUUGGCUGAUAAGUUUAAACCACGCGGAUGGUUUCUUUCAACUUUUGUAUCCAUUGGUGAAGAUGUGGUUCAUGACGGCUUCGACAUUCGAAAGUUAUCCGAAUACGUCGAUUGGAUGACAUAUCAUCCUAUAACCAUGCCAAAUAACAACACUGCACUAAUUGCACCACUUUACUUCUAUCCAGGCGAUGUACAACAAGAGUCAACUGUGAAUUUUUCUGUAAAUUAUUUCAUUGAAAGGGGAGUGGCGCCACAUAAGCUUGUGCUAGGUGUUUCGAGCAGAGCACAACAAUACAAAUUACAAUAUAUCGAUAAGAAUGGUUUGAAUGCACCAGCUGAUCAACAGUUUACCGAAAACUUUUACGAAAUUUGCGAGAAAGUGGCGAAAAAUCAACAAUGGAACGUUGUUCACGAUCCGGCCAGACGAAUCGGAACGUACGCAUAUUUCGACGAGCAAUGGAUUUCUUACAACGAUGUAGAAGACGUUCAAAACAAAGCCGAGUACAUAAAACAAAAUAAUUUGGGCGGAGGAUCGAUUUCCAGUUUGAACUAUGACGAUUUCGAGGGCAAAUGCGGUUGCGGAAAGAGUCCAUUGCUCAGAGCAUUAGCCCAAUCGUUGCGAACUGUCGAUGCUCCUAAAAUGGAGAAUUGUACGUGAUUCGACGUGGUUGUCACGAUUUGUUUUGGGAACGAAGAUCAAAUUAAAAUGAACAAACCA